UGUCCGAAGUUACUCUGUAUUUGAAGUUUUAAUUCGUUUUCUGUUAACCUGAGACAUACCAAGCCGCUGAAUAGUGGAGAAACGAUAAAGAUGCAGCACCAGACUAGCAAUGAACCAAAUCAGAUAGGGUCCCAACAUGCAAAUCCACAACAAAUGAUGCUGUAUCCAGUUCGAGUGGUAUACGAGACUCAGAUAUUGGUACAAGCAGGUGAUCAAAUCCAACCAAACCAAACAAUAUACAUAAAUCCACAAAAUCCACCACCUUGGAUACAAAACAGGCCGUUACAAAAUCAGAUGGUUUAUGUUCAAAAUGUACCAAACAAUAUUGUUCCUUCUGUGCAGCAGCAUAUGGAUCAGAAUCAAAUGUAUAUCCAACAACAUUAUAAUCAACAAAUGUUACAACCAAUGAUGAAUCAAACUCAGGAAAUUAGACCUUAUCAAAUUCCAAACAUGACGCAUUCUGUACAAAAUAAUCCAAACAUUGGUGCAAACAAUCCAAUUAGUCAGUGUCAACCGCAAAUGUAUGCGCCAAAUACUAAUAUGGGUUCAAACAAUGCAAAUGAACGAAUUCAACAAGCAAUGUAUACACCAAAUAAGCCAAAUAUUGGUCAAACUACAUCUGUUCCAACACAGACCAAUUCACCAAUUGGCAUGAAACAGAACUUUCCAAAAAGCCAAGGUGUAGAAACAGUACAAAAUAUGACAAAUAACCAAAGACAUUUCAUUCAAAUGAACAGUGGACAACAAAUAAACCACCAGAUUAACACAACGCGGCAACCACAAGUAAUAACUGUAAAUCCAAUGCAGCAAACUAAUGCAAAUGUACCAACAUUUAAUCACACUCAAUCACCCAAUGUGUCAAAUCACAGACCACAACUUCCAACAUUGGUUCAUGCAGCCACCAAUGCACAAAUGUUAACAAAACUCGGAAAACCUCUUGCACAUAAUCAAACAUAUUUGUAUAGACCUAUUCAACCAAGACCUCAAUAUACAACCAAUAUACAAAACAUGUCUUACCAUCAGAAUCAAACUACCCCUCGAAUGCCAAAUAUUGGUCAAAAUAUUUUACACACUAAUGUCAGUAUUCAAAAUAAACCUCAAUUAAAUGUGCCAUAUCAGACAAAAUCUACUAGUACAGAAACAAAAACAAAUAUAAAGAACAGAAAAAGAAAAAGUGAGUCUCCUGAUGAAAUAAAAAGAAAGUUAACUAUAAAUGUAAAUAUGUUUCCAAAUACAGUAGAAGGUGUAAAGAAAUUACAUGAAAUCGGCGUGAAUACUAGUCCAGUACCGAAAAAUCAUGUUGCAAGUACUGAAACUGCACCUAAAAAUGAUGAUAAAAAGACUGAAGUAGUAGCAAAUACAACAGAUAUGAUUGCGUCUAUUAUAAACAGAAAAGUUACUGUAAAGGACGAAGAAGCAAAGGUUAAAAUGGAGUUAAAAGCUAAACUAGAUGAAAAAGAUAAUUUAGUUAGACAUACUGUAUUCACACAAGCUAGAGGUCUAAGCACUAAUGAAGGUCUAAUUAAAGGUCAAGUGAACAUAUUAAAAGACACUAAAAACAUUAAUCACGAGUUAAAGGUUGUUAACAAUGUCAAAACUGAUAAUAAGAUAAUUAAGGAUAAACUUAGCACAAGUGAGGCUGUCGAAAAUGGUAAUGUGUCAAAAGAUUGCAUGAGCGACUUAAAGAAAUCAAUCAACGAUUUAAAUGAUAAGAAGAUUGAGUUCACUAAUAAUGUGAAAUCUCAGGAAAAAGAUUUUGUUUUGACUCACGUUUUGGACGGUAUCGUUAUACAAGAAUCCAAUAUGGCGUUUCCUAUUCGAGACCCAACAACAAAGAGAACACAUGCUAAUCCAAAAGUGGUAGAAAUUGGGAAAGAAGAAUUAAGAAUUGAAGGCGAGAAACUAGCGAAUAGUCCGAUGACAAAGAAAAUUAGAGAAGAAAAAGUGACAGAAACCACAAAUGAUAACCCAUUUGCAGAACUGAAGCCAACUACCGUAAAAUCUUGGACGGUAGACCAACUAUUGUCGUAUCUCUCGAAAUACAAAUGGGAUGAGACAGUGUCAGCGUUACAGGAGCAUGAGAUCGAUGGAGAGUCACUGUUCCUGGUGAAUAGAUCACAACUCCUCAGGAUAGGAGUGAAGGAGGAACAUGCUGACACAAUUUGUGAUUACGUGAAGAAUUGUUGAUAUCCAUGUUCUAUAUUGUUUUUGAUGGAUAAUAAUGGAAUGGUGUACCCUUUUUUCGGACUACUCUAAUGAUGUCGCAGCUAUCAUUUUAUACAGCUUCACCGGACGAUAGGGGGCGAGUGCAGAUGGCACUCCAAACCAAAGGAAGGACUUAUAGAUCGGCUGCCUGUGCUAACUGUUUACGCUGGCGGGGCACCAGUAGAGAAUUAUAAGAUGAGCAUGAGGUCAGGUCAGUUAGCCCAUCGUGAUACAUUCACCAUAAAUUUAUAACGAUGGUUUCCAGUGGGAACCACGUAGAGGUUAACCUAACAUGGUAUACAGAAUUGUUAUUGAAAUCUAUGUUUUGUAUUUUUUUUAUGGAUGACAAUGUAAUGUUGCCCUGCGGGAACGGUUUAUGCUGGCGGGGCACUAGUGGAGGAUGAUAAGAUGAAAGAGGUCAGGUCAGUUAGCGCAUCGUAGUAAAUUUACCAUGAAUUUAUCACAAUGGGCUAACUAAC